AUGACCCAAGUCAAUGGCAAGCCGAACGGAACGAAGGCCGCGGCCAAGUCGUCGAGUUCAGGACGUGAGUUAUCGUCGCCUCUAGCGCUGGAUCGCGAGCUGACUUCCGCAGACAUCCACCACGAUGACGGCCACUUCGUCCUCACCGGCCCAGGCGUAGAUUACCGCUUCCACGUCGACGCCUCCGGAGACCUCAUCCAUGACUACUAUGGCGCGCCGAUCGGCGAGUACAGCCCGCAACUGGAUACAGGCGGGCGAGGAUGGGGGUUGGCAAUUGCCGAGCGGAGGCGCGAAUUCCCGGACAGCGGGAGAGGGGACUUUCGACUUCCCGCCAUCCACAUCCGCCACGGCAACGGCUCCACGGUCACCCACUUCAAGUACACCGGGUAUGAAAUCCUUUCCGGAAAGCCCAGCCUCGAUGGUCUUCCUGCCACGUUCGGGUCGGCGGAACAGGUCUCUACUCUCGUCGUUCGGCUCUCGGACACUGUCACCUCGGUCGAGGCAGAGCUACACUACUCUAUCUUCCCCGCGCACAACGCCAUCGUACGCAGCUUCAAGGUCACCAACCACAGUGCCGAGACUAUCGAGCUCCAGCGGGCGGCGAGUAUGAGUGUAGACUUCCCAGGGGAGGACUGGGAUUUCUUGAGGCUGUGUGGUGAUUGGGGGAGGGAGGCGCAGAGGGAGAGGUCCAAGGUGAACAAGGGGAUCCAAGGGUUUCAAAACUCCACCGGCCACUCCUCCCACUACUACAACCCCUUCUUUGCCCUUGUCGCUCCCAAGACCGACGAGACCACCGGUGACGCGUACGGCUUCAACUUCGUCUACAGCGGAUCCUUCUCGGUAGACGUCGAGCGCUUCGCUUACGGCCGCGUCCGCGCGAUGAUGGGCUUGAACCCCCUCCACCUAUCCUACCCCAUCGCUCAAGGCGAGAGCUUCCAAUCCCCCGAAUGCGUCUCGGUUUACUCGUCAUCCGGUCUCGGCAGUAUGAGCCGCUCCUUCCACAGGCUCUACCGUGACAACCUCUGCCGCUCAAAUUUCGUCUACGAGCCCCGGCCCACCCUGCUCAACAGCUGGGAGGCGGUCUUCUGCGACUUUGACUCGAAGCGGCUACUCGAGCUUGCUACCUCUGCGGCGGAUCUCGGGGUCAAGCUCUUUGUCCUCGAUGAUGGGUGGUUUGGGAAUGGGAAGAACGCUCGGACCCACACUCAGGCGGGACUGGGGGAUUGGGUGCCCAACGAGGAGCGGUUCCCAGGGGGCUUCUCCAAGUUCGUCGACGACGUCGCGGCGCUGCCAACCUCCUCCGGCGCUCCCCUCCAAUUCGGACUCUGGGUCGAGCCAGAAAUGGUCAAUCCCGCGUCGGACCUGUACGAGAACCACCCCGAGUGGGUCCUGGCCUCGGGCAACCAUGAGCGGACGGAGAAGCGCAACCAGCUCGUCCUCGACCUCGGGCGUCGUGAGGUCCAAGAUCACAUCCUCGACUGCAUGGUCAACCUCCUCGCCUCGGCGGACAUCCGGUACAUCAAGUGGGACUGCAACCGGGGCAUCAGCGAGAUGCCAGCACCCCACUAUGCCCACCGCUACGUCCUCGGUCUCUACCGCGUCCUCGAGGUCCUCACCGUCCGCUUCCCGGACGUCCUCUUCGAGGGCUGCGCAUCCGGUGGCGGUCGCUUCGAUCCGGGAAUCCUCCACUACUGGUCACAGUCCUGGACAUCAGACAACACCGACGCGGUCGACCGGCUCUCCAUCCAGUUUGGUACCACCCUCGCCUACCCGGCCUCAUCCAUGGGCUGCCACGUCUCUGCAUGCCCCAACGAGCAGGUCGGCCGGAUCACUCCUCUCGAAUUCCGCGCGCAUGUCGCCAUGAUGGGCGGGAGCUUUGGCUUCGAGCUCGCCAUGGAGCACAUGGCCGAGGAGGAGCGCGCGGCGGUCCCGGACCUGAUCAAGCUCAGCGAGAAGAUCAACCCCAUCAUCAUCAAGGGGGACAUGUACCGCCUCGCCCUACCGGACGAGUCCAACACGCCGGCGGCCUUCUACCUCGACCAGGCGGGCGACGUCGGGGUCCUCUUUGUCUACCGCGUGUCCACGGUCUUGCGCACGGACGUACCGAACGUCAAGCUCCAGGGGCUGAAGGCAGAGGCGGACUAUAGGGUGGACGGAGUGGUGUAUAGGGGCGCUGCUUUGAUGGGUGCGGGGUUGAAGUUCAAGUGGGCAAACAAGGACUAUCAGAGUAGGGUCUGUAUCGUAGAACGAGUGUAUUAG